AUGUCGUUCACCGGCCCCCAAGUCAACCUCGAGCCGAGGUUCCUUGCCUCCUGUUUAGAGGGUCCUUUCUUUCCGAAUAGAGUCCUUUUUUCUCCGACCUCUUUUGACAACCUCUCGCUUUCCGAUGAUAUCGAGAGCACUGAUGACGGCGACGCCACAAAGACCCCCCUCACGCAAAACUACCCGAAUGCAUAUAGCGAUUUUCAUGGUUGCGGAACUCCCUGCAUCUUCAAGUCUGGACCCGAGUGGCCCAUAUCCGAAGGGCCUCUAAUUGGCUGGAAGGGCGUCGUCCGUGAGCCUCGUCCGGUCUAUCGUCACGCUAUUCAACCUGCUUGGGUUUCUAUCGGUCAGCGUAUCUACCAAGAGCUCGAUUCCUUCGAUGUGAUGUGGACAUCAAUCAACCCCCUCGCCUACGCCAACGCCGGAGAGCGCAAGCCAUUUUGUCCUCUUAUCAUAUGCAUUGGCGUGAAACCUAACACCCUCCCCUACGAGAAGGCCGUUGCAGCUGCAGCUAUUGUUAAAAAGAUUCUCGCCGAGGCUGGCUUCCCUGACCUCGAGGUGGCUUUUGUCGAAUCUGUAGUGACUCGUUCUGCCGGUCCUAAGCUCCUCCCAUUUAACCCCCUCCUCGACGAUGUCCCCGAGUUGCGAAAGCCGUUUACCCCGGCUCUCGGUCUGCCCAUCGCCCUUGGAAAAUAUCCCUACCACGAGGGCACAGCUGCUUUGUACAUCCGCCUUUCAAAAGAUGACAACCGCGUUGCCAUCCUGACCUGCGCACAUGUCGUCCGUCCUCCUUACCUAAGCGCGGCUCAGAAAAAGUCUAAGACCAAGGGUCUCAAGUAUCGCGAUGAGGUUAUCGCGCUCGGCACCAUGGGUUUCAACAAUGGCCUUACGGCUAUGAUGAAAGUUAUCGGUGGUCUAUACCGUUCCAUUGAAGUCUGGAACCGGUCGAUUGAUGGGUUAGGGAAAUUUCACCAGGGGGAGAGCAACUCUGUGACAAAGAAACGCAAUGAUUUUUUGGAUCUGGUGUUGAAGGCAAUAGAGAAGAUUCAAAUGGUUAACACGCUCCACGACGAGGUCACAAAGCAGUACAGCACCUUUGAACAGCGCAAGAUCGGAUUUGUCCUCCACGCAGAGAAGAUUGAGGUUUCAGAGCCCCAUAAAUUCACCAAUGACUGGGCCCUUAUUGAGCUGUACAACGAUAAAAUUGAUUGGUCGAGUUUCAAAGGAAAUAAGGUCUUUGUUGGCGGUAACCUUUCAAUCGCCGAUUUUGGCAAUACAAUGUUUCCUCAGGCGGAAGAUUCAAAAGAUUACUACUACCCCGAAGAUGGUCUUCUUCAAGCUUACGGAGUCGUCCAGGACAACGAAAUGCGCGAUCCUCAACACCUCGACGUUCAUGGUGAGAAGUGUCUGCUGGUUGUGAAACACGGGAUGGCCACAGGGACAACCGUCGGUCGCGUUAAUGGUCUGGAAUCGUUCACGCGCAUCUACACUUACCCGGGUAUCAAUCAGACAUACAUGGAAAUUGCGGUUUUGAACUACGGCCAGCCGCACGGCAAGUUUUCAAGCCGGGGCGACUCGGGGUCGGUUGUCCUCGACAGGAUUGGUCGCAUCGUCGGAAUCAUCACUGGCGGCGCAGGCCCUACCGGUGAAACCGAUAUCUCCUACCUCACUCCAUAUUGGUCAAUUGAGGAGCAGAUUAAGUUCAAAUUCCCUGACUCCUUCCUCUAUGACGUUGUCGAUCGUCUUUCGAUUUUCCCAUCGUCACGCCUCCGCUAUCAUGCCUCUUCUCUUCUUGUCUCCUCUUAUCACACUCACUCGUUGCUCCGUUCUGCCCGACUCAUCUACCACUUUGUUGUCAAUGCCGAUGUCAUGGACUGCUGA